AUGAGUAAUGUUACUGGUAAGCUAUCUAACAGGGUCAUGAAUAUGAAGUUCAUGAAGUUCUCGAACGACGAUGCGUCGACGACAAGUGCUGAUAGCUCGAGAAGUGCAUCCGUAAAUUCCAGGACUAAUAAUAGCAAAUUCCACGAUAAUUCUGAAUGGUAUACCACCAAUUCUACUGUAACGAAUAAUGACCCAAAGAAGAAGAUAACCAAGAAGUUUUUGAAGAAGAAACCAAUGAUGAACAAAGUAGUAACGUCAAAUGUCAGUUUUACCACUUUGAAACAAGGUAAGACAGUAGCUGACGAGGAUACCAUACAUAUGAAGACAUUAAAUAAAGGUAGAAUGGUGUUCGGUGAUAAAAAGAGAACAGCUGAGGAGGAAAAAUUGCAGGAAAAUGAAAACGAUGAUGAUGAUUAUGAGUUAGACAAGAUGUUCAAAGCUAGUUUGAAGAAAAAUAAAAAAUCCAAGAAGUGA